UCUGAUCAGAUCUCAGUACGGAUGUUGAGCGGUACCUGUACCACGCUCAGCUUUAAGAGUCAGAAUGAGAGUGUCCAGCUACCACUGUCCCCCCUGCCCAACAUCACCCCAACUAAAGAAGUGGCCUGUCUGCAGACUGAGGGGGCGUUCACCUCUCUGGCAGCCCAGGAGCUCUCCCUGAGUAAGAAGCACCAGAAGAACCAGGGCCAGCCCAUAGACACCAAGAGGGUGUCAGUGCGUUCCAGUGAGGUGCUACAGGUGACCCGGGAGGUGGAGGAGCUGGAAGAACCCUGUCUCUUCAGGAGAGGAGGAGGGCGGGCAGGACGAGAGCUGAAAAGACUCCGGAGGAGAAUAUGUCAUAUCCUGGACGACUGGCUGGAGUUCUACCGGGUCACCACAGGUAUCAAGUGCCCAGAUAUGGAGCGGAUGUCUGAUGGUCCAAUGCGGCCCAGACUGAAGAGAGAGGGCCAGUCAGCAGCGCUGCCCUCCCUCCGCCCCACCACAGGGCUGUCAGACAGUACCCGGGGUCUACCAGAGGAGGGAAGCACAGCGCUACAUGUCAGCACCAGACACAUGCCACCUGCCUCAGAUGUCCUCCUGCCAGGCUCCACCCACAAGUUGUCAUGGACAUUUUCUCCAAAGAAGCAGGGCAAGGAGGGAAGAGAGGAGCCCCUUCAUUUCACACAGUCAGGGACGUUCAGAGUCCACAGCAACGUCAGACUGGAGUCUGUAGUGAUCCCGAGAUGCAGUCCAGAGCUCCGUCUCACUGCCCAACUUCCCCACUACACAUCCUCAAGCCCCUCCACCCCGUACCCCCUUUACAGCCCGUGUCCUGCCCAGCUUAGGGCCGUUUCCCUUGGAUUAGAGGGCCGGACUCACAGGCUGUGUCGCUGUAGCUCCAGGACCAUGCCAGUCCUGACAGAUCAGGAGUAUGAUGCCUUCAUUUGGGGCCAGCCCCCCCACAGUGAACAGAUCCUGGUGGUGUGUGUGACACCCCUGCACCAGACCCCCCUCGCCCCUCACAUUCCCUUGUUGCCCAAUGAGGACAUGCUGGAGCUGCUCUACGAGAGGAUGAAUAAGAACAGGACCAUGCCAUGCACUCAGGUUGAUUUACAUACAUUUACAUGA